AUGUUCGGGUGCUGCUGCGUGGACGAGAAGCCCGCGGACUAUGUGGAGCUCCAGAUGGACACCGCUUUCCCGGAGGGAAAGUCUAAGAAGGAGGCUCCGGCGGUGUCCGGCACGUUCGACAUCACCUUGGAGCGAAUCCCCGGCACCUACUUUGGCAUCGACUUGUCCAGCGCGGGCAAGGCGUGUGUCGUCACCAGUGUCACCAGCGAUGGCCUGAUCGCAGAGUGGAACAGCAAGAGUGGGCCAGAGACGAAGGUGCAAAAGUACGACCGCUUGUAUGCCGUGAACGGCGUGAACAGCGAGAAGAGCAAGGAGGUGCUGGACACCUUGAAAGGCACCCACAACAAGAUGGUCCUCACCUUCCAGCGGGCGAUUUGCCACGAGGUGAAGGUCCGGUGUGGCCUGGGCAGCCUGGGAAUGCACCUCAAGGACGGCCCCCACUUUCUGCUGGUGCUGGGCCUUGAGGAGGGCGUGGUCAAGGAGUACAACAAGACCGUGGGCCCCGAGCUCCAGAUUGUGCAGUCGGACCGCAUCAUCGGGGUGGAUGGCUACGAGGGAUCCGGCGCGUCCUUGCUGGAGAAGGUGCGGGGCGCCGGGCCGGAGGUGUCGCUGAAGGUCUUGGCUUGGAGGUGA